CGCAGUAAGCGGCGUCAUGUGAUGUUGCUGUGGGUUGUCCGGGAGCUGGGGAUCGGUGGCCGUUGCUCUCAGGGUGACGAAGAGACCGAGAACUCGGGCUGUACCCGCUCUCUGGGCCUGCUCUACCCCAUCCCGGGUACGGUGCGUCCUGCACUGGCUGUGUGCGUAGGGACUGGGGAGUGGCUGAAGCUGUUACUGGGCCUGGGGCCUACUGAUGGCUGCGGGGUUUUGGCCUGUUCUAGCUUCAAACCCGGGGACUAGGCUCCCGUUCCUGCUGGCGGCUUGGGCCAGGUUGCCCUUUGAAAACCAUUUAUAGUGUGCAAGUACAGUCGCUGUUUAAAACAAAACAUAUAGAGAAGAGACCACUUCUGCCCUGAACCAGUUAAGAACCGGAAUUUCUUCAAAAUGCCUGCAGUAUCAAGUGAUGUCAAAGAGUUGUAUCUGUCCACGUGCUUGGCUGACCUUAAUAAGAAAGCAGAAGUGAAGCUGGAAAAGAAAAGCACCAAAAACUAUGUUACCAGUGCCUGUAAAAUUUUCAAGGCUGCAGAGGAGUGUAGAUUGGAUAGAGAUGAGGAAAAAGCAUAUGUCCUUUAUAUGAAGUACCUGACUGUGUACGACCUAAUUCGGAAAAGGGCUGAUUUCAAAGUGCAACAGGACUACUACCUUUCCAUGCUUGGCCCCACAAGCUUCAGAAAAGCCAUAGAGGAAGCAGAAAGGCUUUCUGAAAGCCUCAAGUUAAGAUAUGAGGAAGCUGAAGUGCGUAAAAAGCUUGAAGAAAAUGAAAGGCUGCAGGAAGAGAAAAGAAAACAACAGGAAGAAGCCAAAAACAAGGGGCGUGACAACAGCUUGAAAGCAACAACCAAAAGUUCUUCAAAUGUUGGCAUUAAGAAAAGAAACUUAAAGGAGGACUGUGAGAUAAACGACAUCAAAGAAACAAAUGCAGAGUGUAAUGAUUCACCUCAGGGAACAAUCACUGCAGAAAAGUUGUUUGCAAUGUUGCAAGAUGAAAACACUGAAGUGAUCAUUAUGGAUGCACGAAGCAACAAGGAUUACCAAGAAUCUCACAUACACCUGGCCAGAUCACGCUGUAUAAGUGUGCCCGAGGAAGCUGUCAGCCCAGGCAUCACUGUUAACCAGAUAGAGUUGAAACUUCCAGAGGAGUCAAAAGACAUGUGGCGAAAGCGUCAGUUUGUUGAUUAUAUCAUUUUGUUGGAUUGGUUCAGCACAGUCGACAAGGUGAAAAGAGGAACCAUUCUUCAGAGCCUCAAGGAUGCACUUUAUAAGUGGGAUAGCCAGAUAAAUCUUCGGAGUGAACCACUGGUAUUGGAAGGUGGCUACGACAGCUGGCUUCUCUGCUACCCGAUGUAUACCACUAAUGCUAAAGUGACUGCUCCAAAGGAAGAAUCCCAUGGAGCUGUCCAAGUGUCCUUGAAUUUCAGUUAUCCAUCCUUGGAGGAACCUCCCCCACCCUCUGAAGACCUUGAUGAAAAGAAGGCUUUCCAAGAAUUGGAAAGUUUUAAUGAAAAUGCACCUGAACUGGAAGAAACUCCAAAAAAUGUCAGCAUAAAAACUGCACAUGUGCCUAAUGGUGCUGGGAUUUCAGCCAUUGGGCAGCCUGUUACAGUGAAAACCAUUCCACAGGUUGAUCGAACUAAAAAGCCUUUGCUGAAACUGCUAGAUCGGUCUCAACCUAAAUUAGAGGUUGCUGGUACUGACAAUCUACCUAUUCGCAAUGGACCAGUAAUUCCUGAUCGGUCAACAAAACCACCUGUGGAACCACAGAAUUUGCUAACCGAUGAAGAGAGAAAUCAGAUCCAUGCCGAAGCAGCACUUAUUAGUGAGAAGGCCAGAAAGGAGAAAGAACAGCGUGAAAGAAGGCAGGAAGAACAGAGAAAAGAAAAGGAGAGAUUGGCGAGAGAAAAGGAAGAGCAAGAGCGCAGAGAAAAGGAACAGCGUGAAGAGGAAGCAAAAGAGCUUGAAAUAAAAGCAGAGCAAGAGAGAGAACGCAGAGAAAAUGAGGAACAGAAAAUGCAAGAACGUGAAGACAGACAACGGAAUGAAGAAGCAGAAAGAAAAAGAUUAGCGGAGCAAGAAAAGACAUCACCGGAAAAAAAGGGCAAAAUUGAAAGCCAGAUAAGCAAUCAAGUAGAGCCAAGGAAAAGUGCUGGCGAGCAAUCUGUUUCUGAGCCAGAGGGCAGUGGCACACGCAUAGAGAAGCAGGACCAUAGAGAUACAUCAAUCAGAGCAAGGAGUGAGGAAAUGGGCCGGACAGUUCCAGGCUUACCAUCAGGAUGGAUGAAGUUUCUUGAUGUGGUGACUGGAACCUACCGUUACUAUCAUUCACCGACUAACUCUGUUCAUAUGUAUCCACCUGAAAUGGUCCCAUCGAUUACACCUCCUGCCACCCCACCAGCUCAUAAAGCCAAACCACAAAGUGCAACAGAUGUUGAUGUUCCCAAGCUCAAACGCUCAUUCUCCUCGCCGGACAUUGCCCAAGCAGUUCAAGAUGAGCAACACAAAGUGACAACAAAACUAGUGCCCAGAGUCAAUCGGGAAACCAAGCCCCCUGGCUACAGCAAAGCCGAAAUCUCCAGCCCCUCUGCUUCUCAAAUCCGAAACUUGAACCCUGUAUAUGGGGGGAUGGGGCGAGCACUGACUGGUCUGCGGAACCUUGGCAACACCUGCUACAUGAAUUCCAUCUUGCAGUGUCUGUGCAACACUCCCCAUCUGGCAGAGUACUUCAAUAAAAAUUACUACCAACAAGAUAUUAACAGGUCAAACAUUCUUGGUCACAAAGGUGAGGUGGCUGAAGAGUUUGGUGUGAUAAUGAAAACUUUGUGGUCAGGUCAAUAUAAAUGCAUCAGCCCAAGGGACUUUAAGGGACGCAUUGGAAAAAUAAAUGAGACAUUUGCAGGGUAUAUCCAGCAGGAUUCCCAGGAACUGCUGCUAUUUCUAAUGGAUGGACUCCAUGAAGACCUUAACAAAGCUGACCGGAAGAGAUACAAGGAGGAAGACACUAAUGGCUUGGACGACACAAGAACGGCAGAACUAGCUUGGCAGAAGCACAAACGUCUCAAUGAGUCCAUUAUUGUGGCUUUGUUCCAAGGCCAGUUUAAGUCAACGGUACAAUGUCUGACUUGUCAUAAAAGAUCUCGAACAUUUGAGGCCUUUAUGUAUCUGUCUCUGCCACUUCCAUCUUCUAGCAAAUGUUCUCUGCAGGACUGUCUCAAAUCAUUUUCCAAAGAGGAGAAGCUAACAGACAAUAACCGAUUCCACUGCAGCAACUGCAAGGCGCACAGGGACUCGACAAAGAAGUUAGAGAUCUGGAAACUGCCACCUAUCCUAUUGGUACAUCUAAAACGAUUCUCAUAUGAAGGGAGAUGGAAACAGAAGCUACAGACAAACGUUGACUUUCCAUUGGAGAAUCUGGACCUGUCCAACUAUAUAAUUGGCCCCAGGAACAAUGUGAAAAGAUACAAUUUAUUUGCCGUGUCGAACCAUUAUGGAGGACUGGAUGGAGGGCACUAUACAGCUUACUGCAAGAAUGCUGUGAAACAACGCUGGUUCAAGUUUGAUGAUCAAGAUGUUUCAGAGAUAUCUGCUUCUUCAGUGAGAUCAUCAGCAGCCUACAUUCUCUUCUACAGUUCAUUGGAGCUGCAUGUGGCUGAUUUGGCUUCAUAGCAGGGUUCAGUGUGGUGAAUUUCCAAAGUGACACUCCAUAUGCACCAAUAUUAUUACCUAUCAAAGUGUGUUGGGCAUGUGAUCAGGAAAAUUAGCAGCAUAUACAGCUGUAAAAAAAAAACUUGCUGCAUUUCAACACUAGAGCUUAACUAUAUGAUCUGCUCUUGUUCUUAACAAAUACUCAUUUUCUGGUAAUGUAACAAAUUUAGCUGCCUGUUUAGAAUGAUUACAGGAAUGUCAGAUAUCCCGUUUACUGAACCGAGUUUGUAGUUGCAACAAUUUGAAGAGUCAGAACUCAUUGCCCUUCACAGGAUCUUUGCUAUUUAUGAGGUGAAGUACUAGUCUGAUUCUCAAAUUACUUGUUCCUGUUAAAAUGGCCUUUCUAUAUUAUAGUGAAUCAUCCUGUACUGUGAAAAUAACCAGGAAUAAUCUGAACAGAUGGGAAUGUAUCUGUACAUAAUGAUUGCAAAGUUGCACAAAAUGUGUAUGUGUAUAUAAUAUAUAAAUAGUUUUAAAAGGUAAUGGUACUAUUAUUUGAAGUAACCUUGCAUAUAUUUCUACCAAACAGUGCAGGUGCUUAAAUGAAGAUUCAGCUCUGCUGCACUUGACCUUAACCAAAAGUUAUUUUGCAAAUCAAAAUUAUUUUCAAACUUCUGCAAAAAGUGUGAAUUAAAUGUAUCAAAUAUACUUUCCUUUUAAGAGCUGAGAUCUGAACAGCCUGUAUGAUUCAUUAAUGGGGAUGAUCCUUGACCUUUGCUUAUUUUUGGGGUUUUCUACACUAGUGCGGUUACUGUGUAACUGCUCAACCACUUAUUUGAUCCAUCGUUCAUUUGCUGCGCCUCUGGUCCUGGAUAUAAGAUGUUUGUGUGUGGAGGUAUUGAGAGCUCAUUUCUCAACACUUCUACCCUACAUUUCUACCCUACAUUUGCCUGCCUUUCAUGGGUUGAUAUUGAAGGUACUGAUGUUUUCUGAGACUUUGAAAUUCUUGUCUCCUUCCCUGUUUCUCCUGUGAGAGCAGAAAAAGAUGAUUACAAAAGUUAAUGGAAUGUUGACCUUUCUCAAGGGAGCUGGAAUACAGCUGUUCGAGCUCUGAUCAGAGCCCAUCUAGAGUACUCCACCUUGGCUUUAGAUGGAAUACCGUUCAGAUUUACCAAAUGAUACUGAUCUAAAAGAGUUAAAUUGCGGACAGAUGGCUGGUAUUCCUUUGAGCUUAGAAGAUUUAAUGGGUGAUCUAAACGAGGUGUUCUAAGAUGAUUAAGGAAUUGAUUGGUAAAUAGAGAUAAUUAUCUUCUCCACUGGGAGAGUGCACAACAACGGGGCAUAACAGUAAACUUGGAGCUAGGAGUUCAGGGUGAUUUUAGAAACUAUUCCUUCACACGAAGGGUAGUGGUGGACCUCUAUAGCUAGGAGCCAUUUUUUUUUUAAUUCAAAACCGAGAUUGAUAAUUUUGGGAAAGUACAUUAAGGGUUGUGGAAUUAAGUCAGGUAGAUGGAUUGAAGGUGCAGAUCAGCCAUAGUCCAAUUGAAUGGUGAAACAGACCCCAGAGACUGAAUGUCAUCCUCCUGUUCCUUUUGUUCCAAUAUCCAAUCCUGCCUGUUUCCCUUCUUCCUCAUUCUUUACAUCGUGGCUGAGACCUGAAACUCAGUAAGGCGAGGGAUAGCAUUGAGUACAAGCCUGACCUUUGACAUCACUGAAACAGAACUUUGUUGCAUUCUUCCCCAAUUUGUGAAGAUUUCUGAUGGAAACAAUGGUAACUUGUACCUGCAACUGCAAGUUACUUGCUGUCUGUAAAUACCGUGAGGGGCAAUGACAAUUUCCUUGUCCAAAUGCUGAUUCCCUUUAGAGCCAUUUAGUAUAUUUGCUUUGCCAUUUCCUAAAUCAGAGUGUGAAAUGUAAAAUCAUUUUCAUUUAAAUAAUCCAAGCACUUAAUCUGAAAAUGCAUACAUCAGAUUGAAUUUCUAAGAUAAACCUCUCAGUGGAUGUCAGAAUACUGCAGAUUCCAUUCAGGUAUAAAAAAAAAGUCACUUUGGUUUGAAAUACUUGGAUAAGCAAGUGCCACAACACAGUCGUUUUAUUUGAUGACUGACUUUCUUUUACUGAAUUGACCCUGGCCUGGGCUGAAUUAUAGCAUUCCUACACUAACAUUAGAGGGGGCAGAUCUGCCAGCACAUCAAGGAGUUAAAUUCUGAUUAAAUUUUUACGUAACCCAACAAACCUCCUGACUAAUGUUCCUACAAAGUUGCGUGGGCAUGCAGUUUGUCCUGUGAUAAAUGCAACAAUGCAUAGUGAUGCAAAAAGGGACCACACACUGAAAAAGCUGGCCAUGCACGAAGAUUAAAAGGGAAAACUGCUUCAGACUAGAUCUAAAUUUUCUUUUGAGGCUGUUUCAAUUUUCUAUUGCUACUUUACCUCUUUCCUUGAAAUGAAAUAAAAGCAGUUCUGUGCAUUUAGCUAUCAGCAAUGGUAAAAUUAUUAAAAUACUUGCAAAGCAUUCUGUACUGGACCACAGAUUUCUCAUUUCAAUAAAAGGGGUUAAGUAGGAUUUGAAUUACUCAUUCAAAUUCAUUAAUGGUUACAUUUGAUGCGGUAGUUCAAUGUCCUUUACUGAAUUAUUUUCAUCUGUUAUUUUAUAAUGGCAGCUGGUUUCAUGCAUAGUCUCAUAAUUGGUUUACAAAACAUGAACAUCCCUUUUCCUCCACCCAUUCCUGCAUCAUCUUGUACGAUUUUUUCUUUUGAAAUUCAGCCACAGUGGCUGUAUUUUGAUGUUUAAUCAACAUUGGCAUCUUUUUACCUGACUAAUGUAAUAUGAUGUCUUUUAUUUUGUAAUCAUUUUAAUACUGUCAUGUUUUAUUUCACAUUUCUCUAUAUUAAACACCGUGAUUCAAUCA